UCACUCCAGUGCAAUAUACGAGACCCAACGCCAGGCCAGAAAUACUUAAUGCAUCUGAACAAGAUGCAAAAUCUAGUGUUUUUCACAAUACUGGUGGCCUUUUCCAGUGCAAAAAUCCAUCAAAGCAGAGAAAGUCGACUCGAGAAUGACUAUGGCGAUGGAGGAGAAGAGAAAAGCUGCCCAGCACUUCAUUUAAAGGGGAAUAUCGUAGUCGACCCUCCAACCUGUCGACAGGGACCUCAACCUAGUGGUACCACGUGUAAUUUUCACUGUAGCGAGGGUUUCCGCGUUGCUGGUCCACCAAUGACCAUGUGUCAAGAUGAUGGGGCGUGGUUUAUUGGACAUAGAGAGAUUUCCUGCAAAGAUGUCGACGAGUGCAAGGUCAGGAAUGGUGGUUGUAGUCACACCUGUCACAACACUGAAGGAAGUUAUCAUUGUGAAUGCCCUGCUCCACUUAUAAUGGACAGAGAUGGAAAAACAUGUCGAGCUGUGGGUUUGGUGUUAAACUGUUCUGCGCAUGACAUUGAGAUCAUCAUCCCCAAGUACGCUUUAAACAACAUACAAGGUGAUUAUGUCCAGCUUCGUGACCCAAGCUGCCAUGCGCGUGAGAACAAGACACAUUACAUCUUUAAGACGGCGCUGAAUGGGUGUGGCACMACGCGGCGUCACAAGAGAAACUUCCUGGCGUACAGUAAUAGARUUACAGAAAGRCACACGGCGCGGCGUCAMGGUGUUAUUACUCGUAUUGGCAAAAAUGAGUUCAAYAUCCCUUUUUGUUGUUAUUAUCUGGACAAUGCCAUURUUGGUGCUGUUGGUUACAAACCGUUCGUAAGAGAACUGGUACUGAAAGAGAAAGGAUUUGGUAAAUUUAAGCUAAGUAUGGACUUCUACCACGGUAAAGACUACAAAAAUACAUACACAUGGGAUGACUUCCCUGUAUCAGUGUAUUUGAGAGAGAGACUUUAUUUUGAMGUCUCUAUUGAUUCCAUUGAUCAAAAUCUUGCUGUGUUCGCUGACCAAUGCUUCGCGACUCCAACUCGUGACCACGACAAGGCGAGAAGAGUUAGACACACGCUUAUUCGUGAAGGAUGCAUUGCUGAUUCCACCACUCAAGCAGAACCAUCCCCCUCCCCUCACAGGCAACGUUUUAGUGUGGCAGCCUUUCAAUUCAUUGGCAAAUUUCCUUUCGUGUACCUUCACUGUAGUGUUAUAGUCUGUAAGGCUGAUGAUCCUAAUUCACGUUGUGCCCAAGGUUGUAUCCAAGGCUCGAAGCGAGGAAAACCUUUGAACGCGGGUCCCAACCAUCAACAUAGCGACUCAACGCAUGCGCAGUCAGAUCUCAAACUAGACAAGCGGAAUUCGCCUGUCAGGCACACAAGAGCUAUCGAAAAGAGCCCAGUAAAGAAAGAAAAGGAACAUAAGUACCUUUUGUCCAAGGGGCCUGUUUCAUUAAUAGAAGAUGAACCGGAAGUGGCCCGAAACGACGAGAAGGAGCCUGGUGUUGAGCAGUCAAACGAUGAGAAAGCUGCCGACUUGGAAGAAAAAUUGGACAAAGACAGCAACGGUGCUAGGGACGAAAAAGCAAGUGUUGGUUCCACUACCAGCAAUGCACUAGUAUUAGUCCUGAUUGCCUGUACCAUACUGGCACUAGUUGGAGUAUUGUACAUUGGAAGAAAACUCAAGGAAGCUACYAAACGAGGCAUGCCAACCUACAGACCAAUGAAAUCCUGAUCAUGUUCUUUUUUACCAUUUCUAGAAUCAUAUUACAGUGUAUUUUACUGCAACAAGGGCAUCAGAGGAUGUACAAUUUUCUCGUUUUAACUGCAUAAUGGAAUUGAUCUAGUGUUGACUCCAUAAAAGCAGUUGAACACCAACCCAAUUGUUCAAGUUCUUUUUAAGUUCAUGCUUUUAUCUAUGUAAACAAAGUUUCUUUACAAUAAACUUAUAUUCCUAUAGUUGC